AUCUUUAUGGUUGUAAGUUAUAGAAACAUUUGUUAAAAUGUUUGAAAUUAGUAAAAUUAAUGAAAUACGUCGAAUGGAAAAUCAAACCGACCAUUUUCCGCCGUUGACCGUUUCUGUUAAUCACUUGCCAAAGUCGGUGGUAAUCAGCGGUACGACCGGCAGAGGGCACUGUUAAAAUUAGUUGAUUUUAUUUUCCUUUUAAUUUCACGCAAACAAAUGAGGCUGACGACACUUUAACUUUUAAAUUACAGAACGAAUAAGGAUAAUCGACAAUGAGUGGCAGCGAAAGUUUCAGGAGGCCUGUCCUGACCUCUGUCUCCAACAGGAUUUUACACCAUCCAUCUUUGCAGUCUCUCUACUCGGCGGCAGACCCCUACGAGCAUCAUCCUCACGAACCAGCCCACCCAAUCUCCCGUGAACAGAUGUACUACAUUGAUCCGACCAUGUACUUUGGAGGCAGGAUCCCGAACUUAGUGUGCGAGUUUGAGAUCAAUAAUUAUUUCCAGCUCAACACUCCACCACCGAUCAUGUCGAGCUGCGUAGUUUCAUCGAACCAUCAACACCCGCUACGGUCUGAGCUGCACCCUGUUGCAGACCUGCGUCAGUCUGAGUGGACAGUGAACUCUCUGAAUUCAGCGGUGCAGCCAGAUGGCUCCAUUGUCCAGUUUACAGAGGAGGCAGAUCAGACCACAACUUACCUGCUGAGUCUGAACCAGCAGGAAGUGCAGGGGCCAAGUGAUGAGUCACAAAGAGAGUUUUUGGAUUUAAUCCCUAGUGACAUCCUAUCUGAGGAUCUGGGAGCUAUCUUUAGAGACGAAGGUGCAGAUGUUUCCUUAUCACAGGAUGGGGGAAGACUUUGGUCUGAGGAGGAGCUGGAAGCAGCUGAAACCCUCUUGAGUUGCUUUAAUCUAACGGAGGAAGAGGCACUAACAUUUCUUGAUGAUAUUGUGCCAUUCCAGCGUAAUGAACAUGGCUCUCAGACUGGUCUUUGUGAGUGUACGUUUCCCAGUGAGAUGAUAGAUCCAGGUGAGACAGAAUAUAGGUCGGAGGAGGUAAGGGGUGCUUCCAUGGCGACAGAGAGGAUGCUGUCAGACUCCGAGUGCGAUGCCGUGCGUGUUCUCCUCAGCAUUUGGGAUGUUGCACUUCUGGAAGGCUUCUAUGACCCAGAGGUGUUUGGUGCAAUCUAAACGUAACACCUUUAUCAUGGAAACGUUGUUCAG